AGUGGCUGUGCAAUCCGACCUUGGAAUGUUUGCUCUGAAAGCUGGGCGACAGACUAGCCACCAUGCAUUUCAGCGGAGAGCGUAUGCGACCGUUGAUGCUGUCAAAGAAGGCAAACACGUAGCUACAGUGACUCCUCCGUGGUCAAGGCGAUUCGAACUUCACGACGAGGAUGAGAAAGACACUGUCGGCCCCGCCCGGCGUACAGUUUGUAUCCGCAUGUCCAGAACGCUCGCAGGCGGGAUGGUUGACGCGUUUGCUGUUGUUCGUGGGGUGGAGCGCAAAUUUGGGCGGAUACGUGAAUACCGGUUUAUACGGGAUGGAGAAGUGAACUCCGAGUACCAGAUGUUGUGUUGGGCUGCAUUUCAGUCUGAAGACUCAAUGAGCCUUAUUCCAGAGAAGGGUAUCAUCAUGAAUGUCCCGGCUGCAACGCAAGAUCCUACUAUUCCUGAAGGGGGCCCGGGGCUUGAACACCUUCAAGGUCUAUUUGACGUGAAGGAUGUAAAUUCUUCCAGUCCCCCAACAUACUCUGCCGAAGGCUCUUCAACACAGCCGAGAUUGAUCGAACUCAAUGUUCAGCGAGCUGUGACUUACGUUUCAACUGGAGACAACACUCCAUUAAACAUCACGAAGGGUAAAAAGAUUGCAAUAGGACACAGCUUCUAUGAGUGGGGAGGCUUCUAUCCUCUGAAGCCUCUUUAUACGUCAUCCCCCUUCACUUCGCCAUCCGAAGAACCGCCGCCCACUCCAGACCACGAGCAAAUGCGCAUUGCGCUGAACAAGUGGACCACGGAAGUGCAAGCAGAUAUUCAAACAGACGUGUCAGCGGAUUCAGAAUCACCUAGUGAUUCAUCGACAUCAACGAUGUUGUCUCAGAGGAGUCGAAGGAGGACUAGACGCGAGGUGGAAUCCUGGGUACCACUAUCGGCGCCACAACCAACAAAACCGGCUCUGCCACCUCCUGACGCCAUCACUCUCAAAAAGCGCACAAUGCCCAAGACUUUGCAGCCUUCAACGCCUAAGAUUUCGCGCAAAGAACGUUUGCUCGAACAGGCUCGGAUCCAAGCUCGCGAACGGGUCCUACAGCAGGUUGCGCUACGUGCCAGAGAAACCGAAUCUGCUGACCUCGAAAAUCCAAAUCCGGAGACACUAAGGGAGAGUGUCGAGGCCUUUAUGAAGGAUUCUAAAGUUGAUGUAGAAUUGCCAGGCGAUGCGACGGAUGGCUUUGAGUCUGAAGUCAUACUAAAGGCAAGGGACAAACCAAUGAGCGAGAGCCAGGCCUCCCCCGCGAAGGAAAAGUUGUGGAACUUGGUUGGGAAGUGGUUCUGAUCGACACUUGGCAAUACAGAGCUUUUGUGUUGUCAAAUCGUAGCGGCGGCUGAGCUGCCAGUCUGACUCCCUUGGCCAGUCAAUUGCUUUAUUUGAUUCCUUCUCCUGAUGGCUUGUACACAACGUUCCACGAUUUGUGCAAUACAUAUCUCUACUCGUUCCUGGUACCCGACCGGCAUUCAGAGUCAUGUUCAGCACCCUUACAGCAACCUAGACUCCAGCUUCUCCCAAGCCCCUUCAGACAUACACGGAAACGGCCUUCUGGUCAACGCGAUCCAGCCUGUCCUGUUCAUGUAAAAUCUCCUUGGCUUUAGUCCGCCUGACGCCUUUUGUGUUUG